CUAGUCUCGGGCAAUGCUGCCGGCUCCGCAGGCAAGAAGGCUUUCCUCACUAUUGGUUGAAGCCAUUAAGGAGUGUACAGAGGAAGAGAGAAAGCUUGAAGAUGAGCUAAAGAGUUAUCGAAUCCCAGAGCUGAAGAGAAACCAGCAAAGAAUGGAGCCUCUUCCAGCAAGACAGGUUUGCCUGACUGAAUUUUUCAAAGGAGUGAGGAACUCAUAUUCCAAGAACUUGAAACUUCCAUCUCAAGAGACUGACUUUGGUCUAUGUACCACAUUUUUCUGCUUUGUCAAUAUCUGCCCUCAGCUAGUUGCUUCUUAACAGAAUUUUCUGUUACUUUUAAUUUGUAGAAAUUUAAAGAAUUUUUUUUCAUGAAUUCUACCUCCUCGUUGUCCUUCCUUAAAACCUUCAGAAGCACAAAGUGUUUUGAGCCUGGUCCUCAUUUUGAGGAAUUGCAGGAGCUGGAGUUGUUGAAUAGAACUCUGGCCAAAGCUCUACGAAUUCGACAAACCUAUCAAAACAUGUUUGGGAUGAAGCAGAUCCAAGCACACCCCUCUGAAGACAGCACAAAUGAUGCAGGAUAUGGCAAUGUCAAACAAUCACAGGCAUCCAACAACGGAGAUAAACCUUUAGAGGACGUUUUGCCAAGGACACUAUGGUCAAAUAGCAAGAAAAAGGUAGCUGGUGCCAAUGUGAACAAUAUUUGUAGUAAAGUGACUGCACCAGUGUGUAAGGAUAGGUACUUAUCAAGCCAUUUAGCAGUUGGAACUGCUGGGAAGAGAGUUACAACACAUGCUGUCCCAUGUAGGAAACCAGGAUCUUAUGCAUUGAAGCUCCCAUAUAAAACCAAGCAGGAAGCGAAGAGAAAGUCUAUGUCAUCAGCUGUGGGGAAAUUAGCUCGAGGCUCCUUGCAUGCUCCAAGCCAAGUUAAAACUGCUGCUAUACAACAAACAAAACAAUCUGCCUCUGUUGACAGGGUGGGAAACACAGCUCAACAAAGUAGGCUCUGGUCCUUGAAAACCAUUCCAAGAACAAUCGUAUCUCAUAAUGUACUGAUCCCGGAAGAUACAGACAUUAUUCAAAGAACAGUCACACCACACAGCAUACAGAUUUCUGCAUAUACAGACACUGCUCCCACAAUGACAUCCCCUGUCAUGAGCCAGCAGAGGGCCAAUUGUAUUAAUGAGACUGUGCCUUUGAGUGCUUCUGAAGGGAACAUGCUCCAAAAUGAAAGCUCUUCCAUGGAGAAAUUCAAAUUAUUCACCCUUCAAGGAAGUGGGUCAACACUGAAACUUCCUUUAGAGUGGAGAAAGCAGCAAUGUAGAAAUGCACGCUUAUGGGGACAGGUGUCUACCAGCCAAACUGAUGAAAUUCAGAAGGCAAGCUUCAUGCAAAGAAUUCAGUCAGCAUUCCAUUCACAGCUCCCACCUGUAAGUUAUGCACAGAUUGAAGAACAAUUGGACAACGUCCGUGAGCUUUACAAAUGUAUUGACCAAUAUAUACGCACAGAUCCCCUACUCAAUUCUUCAGGUCCCCUCAGCUGUCAGCGUGAACAUGAGAGUCUUCAGAUGCUGGAGAGAUGCCAAGAUACUGUAUCAAGCCUCAUUCAACAGAUUGAGCAGCUCAUGGCUGCUGAAACUUUUUGGAUGAAGUUUGGGGACUGCUGGACAGUCAACUUCAAAAAAUGCAAAUGUUUUGGCAGCAAGUCCGCACCCCUCCUAUUCUACUCCACACUGCAGGAGCUGAAGGAGAUGGAGGCCCUCCGGUUUCAAGUACGUACUCUCCAAAGACAGAUUCAGAUUCAAAAGGCUAUGGCAGAAGAGCUGCUUCCCAUUCUAUUUUCCUCCAUGCCUUCAGAGCAAUCCAUUUACCACCUUUAUCGAGCGGUGUACUCUCAGCUUUGUGAAGGAGGAGAGCAAUUUCCUGCCUUGGUGCGGGAUAACAUACCUGAGUGACUGAAGCAACUGAUGCAGCCAACCAAAAUUGUGACAAAGAUCCAGGCCUACAAGAUGCUUCAAAUAUUUCAGAAUAAUUUGAUAAGAAUUUGUCUGGAGAAGCACAAAGGGUUUCAUACAGAUCGGUCAUCUCCAUCACCACCAUGACCAUCCAUACUCAGCCCAAUCAAAGUGUCCACAUUAAGUGCUACCUGUAAGGACUCUCUGUGAAAUGAAUAUGGCCAACUUUACUCACUUCUGUAGAGAAGAAGACCCAGAAUUAGCACCUGAUGGGCAAUCUCUCUGAGAAGGAAUGGUGGAUUAUUUGGUAUGAGAAAUGGAAAACUAUUAGACAGAUGCAUUGUUCAGAGCUGGAGAUAUUAUAUCAGGGCUGUACACUGCAUCUAGCCUGUGCUGUACCUGCCUUGGGGCUGUUUUAUGCUGCCAUUUAGUGUCCCUUUCCAGCAUUAACAUUGUUUAUACUGAUAUACAGCAAUAUACUUUUUUGUAUUAUGCAUAUACAGAACACAAAAUCUGUACUUCUUUUGCUAGUUGAAUGAAAAAAUAUCAGUGAUUGCAGAGUUUAGAUUUGUGUAGCUAUUAAAAAUCACCAAAUGUAUUCCCUGAAUAUAUGUUUAUAAAGGAGAGCUGUCAUUGACCACCUCAUGUCAAAUUCUCCCAUCUAGAGGGACUGCUUUGUUGCUCACUUUUCAUCUAAGAAUAUUCUGAUUGAAUUGGUUCCCAGAAACAAAUACAGUGUCAACUUUCCAAAUCAGUGAGCCUGGAUGGUGUGGUGAUAUAGGAAUAUUGGUGUCAGUUUCCUUUUCGAGAUCCACUUGAUUGGGAAAAUGCAUGAGUUACAGGAUAGAUUUAGAGAUGUAAGAAAUCUUUGGUGUGAAACUUGGGUAAUUAACUGAAUUCUAAUAUAAGGAUGACAAAGGGAGACUGGUGAAGUGAGCAGAUCAUUGGACCUGAAAGUUAGUGCAGAGAAAUGUGAAAUCAGGGAGGUGAUGCCCUAGUAGUAAUAUUGCCAGACUGUUAAUCUGGGGUCCAUCCAGGUUCAAAUCCCAUCAUGCCAGAUGGUUAUAGAGUCAUAGCGAUGUAAAGCAGGAAACAGAUCCUUCAGUCCAAUUCAUCCAUGCUGACCAGAUAUUCUAAAUUAUUCUCAUCCCAUUUGCCAGCAUUUGGCCCAUAUCGCUCCGAACCAUUCCUAUUCUUGUACCAAUCCAGAUGCCUUUUAAAUGUGGUAAUUGUACCAGUCUCCACCGCUUUCCUCUGGCAGUUCAUUCCCUACACACACUAAUGUUUGAAUUGAAUAAAAAUCUGGAACUAAGAGACAAAUGAUGACUGUGCUAAUUGUCAGAAACACCAUCCCAUUCAUUAAAUGUUCUUUAGAGAAGGAAACUGCUUAGCCAGCAGUGCCCACAUUCCCAUGAACAAAUAAAAAGCAGUAGCAUGACAGUAAACACAGAGAGCCCAAAAUUUUUGUUUCCCACUGUCAUGUGAAAAGCAGCUAAUAAGAGGUUGGUCAGGGAGGUAGAGUUAAUUUAGUCAUGCCAGAUCCAAUUUCUAAAAGGUUUAGCAUGUUUUCCAAUCUAAUUGAUUUUUUUUCACAAAGUAACAAGGUCAAUGAAGGGAAUGCAAUGGAUGUUAUCUAUGAAUUUUAAGAAAGAACUGCACAGAAAUUUGAUUAACAGAAGUGAGGCUUGUGAAAUAUGAGAGUCAGUGUCAGGUUCGAUAAAGCAUUAGCUUAAGCACGGAGAACAGUAAUGUGGCAAAUUGAUAUUUUUCAGAAUGAAGGAUGGUAGACAGUGGUGUUCCCUGAGAGUCAAAACUAAGAUCACUGCUUUUGUGCUUGCUAUAUAAUAUAAAUAUACAUUUUUAAUUUAUAUCCUAAUUAUUUGGAUAUUGGAAAAUAAAAGAAAAUCCUUUUAUCAAUGAUGCUUAA